UGUUUAGCUUCAGACGCCAUUAAACAAAAGGAUCCCAGAGCAGGCAGAUCGCAACCUGAGAGACAUAUCUGGGACAGGUCGGGGCCUGAGGGCAGGGGGAGCACGGAACCUAGCACCGGGACUGUCCAUUACCAGAGCGGGCCUCCUUAGAGAUCUAAUAGUACUUUACCCGGGCAAAGGCUCCAAGUAGGCCCGGUCUGUGUAUACUGAGCCUGAGUAUCGAGUUAGAAAAGGCCGGGUCUGGGAGCUUUGAGUCCGGCUGAUAAUAUCAGGCCAGACCGGGGCUCGGGUGGGAUAUGAUGUUUCCCCAAAGCAGCAGCCGGCACUCGGGCUCGUCUCACUUGCCCCAGCAGCUCAAAUUCACAACCUCUGAUUCCUGUGAUAGGAUUAAAGAUGAGUUCCAGCUACUGCAAGCACAGUACCACAGUCUGAAGCUGGAAUGUGAUAAAUUGGCCAGUGAGAAAUCUGAGAUGCAGCGGCAUUAUGUCAUGUAUUACGAGAUGUCAUACGGCCUAAAUAUUGAAAUGCACAAACAGGCUGAGAUAGUGAAGCGGCUUAAUGGAAUCUGUGCACAGGUGUUGCCUUAUCUCUCGCAGGAGCACCAGCAACAGGUCCUGGGAGCCAUAGAGCGGGCGAAGCAAGUUACUGCUCCGGAGCUGAACUCCAUCAUCCGUCAGCAGCUUCAAGUGCACCAGCUGUCCCAGCUCCAGGCCCUGGCCCUCCCUCUCACUCCUUUGCCAGUGGGAUUGCAGGCGCCCUCUUUGCCAGUUAGUGCCAGCAGCGGCCUCCUCUCCCUCUCUGCACUGGGCUCCCAAGGUCAUCUCCCCAAAGAAGACAAGAAUGGCCAUGACGGUGACUCACGGCCUGACGAUGAGGGUGACAAGUCAGAUUAAGCAAGAACAGGAGUUGGCUGGAUAAAGGUGCAGCGCAGCAGUAAACCUAGCCCUGCCAAGUGCUUUGGCACUGUACAGCAUUAUCCCAACAUGCACUGGAGGAGCCUCUGGUAGCCUAGGAGUUGUGUGAGCAAGGGACUGGCAGCCAUGGGGUUAAUUCAUAUGAAACUUGAUGGUGUAUGUAUAUACAUAUAUAUGGAACAUACUGCGAACUGUAUUGUAAAUCAGCUGAUUAUACUUUUACUGAAAGCACAAACCUCCCUGAUUUAUGUAUAAUUUACAUUUCCCACCCUAAUUUUACUUUGUUUUUUAGUAUGCUUGAUUUAGUAGAUCUGAAUAACAUGUCCCUGAACCAGCACAAGCCCCAACAGAAAGUACAUUAUUUAGCAUCAGAUGAGUUCAUGUUGCUUUGCAAAACAAAGCACAUCCAACUGGUCUUUUAAAGAGUUAACGUUUCCUUUUGUAGGUCACCUGCAGCCAAAGCAACACUUUCCAGUUGGUGGAUGUUAUGGAAAUGGAACAAUCAGUUUUCUUAAUUUAGAAUUUGGUGUCUCAUUGUCAAUGCUAGUGGUAGCUAAAGUGUAUUCCCUAUGAGCUCUGGACACUGGCUUUUGUAAAACACCCCUGUACAAAUAAUUGUAAACACUACUGUCUGGAAAAUAAACAUAUAAUCCUGUUAUAAAAUCAAAGGUUGACUCUUGCUGCCAGAAGAAAGGUGUGCUAAUGUUGUUAUCUGUAUCCGCUAAGUAGCUCCUUCUAGCAUAGUAAUAGAAGGUAAGCCACGUUGUAUACAGGUAGCUUGAGGUCUUUCAUUUUGCUUGCAGGUCUUUCCUUUUUCAUGUUUCAGUCUCUAUAAAUUACAGCGCUGCACCUUUUAUCCUACUAUCUGGGGAAAGAGGAGUUAAAAUAAGUUAACCUUCUUCUGAGCUGUCCCUUGGAAGUCGAGGGAUCAACACCCUUCCAUAUAUCUGUAAGGUAGUGUGUAUCAGGCCCCAGGUGUGUGCUCUGUAUGUAGUCCUGUAGAGAAAUUUAUACCAUUCCCGUGUUUUGUUUUUUUGAUUAUUUCCUCUUUAUUUUUCUGUCUGUCAUUGAUCCUGUUGAUAUUCUGCGUGGAGGGUGUGACUGUGCCUUUUUCAAUAAAUUGUUAUAAUGCCUGCUACAAA